CCCUGCUAUGGCUGGGGGAGAAGAGACUGAGGCUGCCGGGAGCCAGCCCGCCCCGGCUGCAGCGGCAGAGAAGCUGUUGAAAUUGUUAUGGACCAUCAACAAAGCAGAAUGGAAGAUGGUAAACAAGUGAAAAUGAAGUCCUUCAGGUACAUUAAUAUAGAAGCUCAUAGUCAGACAGAAAAACGGAGGAGAGAUAAAAUGAAUAACCUAAUUGAAGAACUAUCUGCUAUGAUCCCUCAGUGCAAUCCCAUAGCCCGCAAACUGGAUAAACUUACCGUAUUGAGAAUGGCUGUACAGCAUUUAAAGUCCUUAAAAGGCUCUACCAGUUCUUAUGCAGGAGAUAAUUAUAAGCCUACAUUUAUACAGGAUGAUGAGCUGAGACAUUUAAUCCUCAAGGUUGCAGAUGGGUUCUUAUUUGUUGUUGGAUGUGAUCGAGGAAAAAUUCUGUUUGUCUCUAAAUCAGUCUCCAAAACACUCAAUUAUGAUCAGGCAAGUUUGACUGGACAAAGCUUAUUUGACUACUUACAUCCAAAAGAUGUUGCUAAAGUAAAGGAACAGCUUUCUUCUUCUGAUAUUUCACCAAGAGAGAAGCUGAUAGAUGCCAAAACUGGCUUUCAAGUUCAAGCAAAUUUCCCUGCUGGAACAGCUCAUCUGUAUUCUGGCGCAAGACGGUCCUUUUUUUGUCGGAUAAAGUCUUAUAGACCAGCAAUCAAAGAAGAACAGGAAUGCUUCCCCAAUUCAAAGAAGAAAGAUCAUAGGAAGUUCUGUACUGUUCACUGCAUGGGCUAUUUGAGGAGCUGGCCUCUGAGUGUAGUGGGACUGGAAGAGGAGAAGGACAGCCAGAAAACCAGCAGUAACUUUAACUGCCUUGUGGCCAUUGGAAGACUACAUCCAUAUACUGUCCCACAGAACAGUGGGGAAAUUAAAGUCAAGCCAACAGAGUUUGUUACCCGCUUUGCCACGAAUGGAAAGUUUGUCUAUGUGGAUCAACGGGCAACUGCAAUUUUAGGCUAUCUUCCACAAGAACUUUUGGGAACUUCUUGUUAUGAAUACUUCCAUCACGAUGAUCACAGUAAUCUAACCAACAAACACAAAGCAGUCCUACAGAGUAAGGAGAAAAUCUUUACUGAUUCCUACAAGUUCAAAGCAAAAGAUGGCUCAUUUAUAACUUUAAAAAGUCAGUGGUUUAGUUUCAUAAACCCUUGGACCAAAGAACUGGAAUACAUUGUAUCCAUCAACACAUUAGUUCUGGGAUGUAGAGAAUCCAGAGGAACAUCACUGCUUACUUGCAGCUCACAGUCAUCAGAAGAUGCUUCCAGACAGCCUUUCAUUAGUGUGCCUGGAAUAUCUACAGGAACAGUCCUUGGUGCAGGUAGUAUAGGAAGAGAGAUUGAAAAUGAAGUUCUCGACUUACAGAGGUUACAUUCUUCUCCGUCUCUUGCUGAUUCGAGUCCAACAAACAUCAGAGACUCUCCAGCAGUUAACUGCAGUAAUGUGCCAAACAAAGAGCUGAUUCAGUUAUGUUCUUCUGAAAUAGGAAACCAUGAGCCUUCGGGGCAAAGCCGUGGCAUUAUUUCUUUCUCCAGCAAUGAACCGCUGCUCAGUGACAACACACAGGUGGAUUUUGAUGCAAUGUGUGAAAAUGAUGACACUGCCAUGGCUGCCUUCAUGAAUUAUUUAGAAGCAGAAGGAGGUUUGGGGGACCCAGCUGACUUUAGUGACAUCCAGUGGACACUCUAGCUCUCGUCUUUCUCUACAAAUGAAUAGUGUAUAAAAGUGAUUCAUAUACAACUGUAUAUUCCUCAGUACUGUAUUAAUCCUAUUUUUACUUUUCAUUCAAGUUACUGAUCUACUGAUUUGUACUGAAUUGCAACUUGCUGAUGAAGGAAUAGGUGAAAAGCUGCAGUUUUUCCACCACUGGACAGCCUCAGAGUUUAUUAUUAAUCCUUUAUAGAAUGAGAUUGCUUAUACUCUUGGUUUGGCUAUUUUAUGCUAAAAUGUUCUUAUCCUCCAUCCCCAAAAAUGUUCAUUGUUCUUUGUAUGAUAUUACUUGUUUAUCCCUUUGUGUGAUAUUUGAGUUCAUGAGAUUAAUUAUAUGAUGUAUUUUUCUUUUCUUUUUAUAUUGAUAAGUGCAAGCUUGUGUUAUUUGAUAUGUUUUCAAUACUUGAGUGUGUAGCUCUUAAUUGACAAUAGGGUUUAUAGGCCAUAAGGACAAGGUGAGUACCACAAAAUUUAAAGGACAAUGCUGCUUGUAGCAUAAUCACACAGGAUAUUGUAUGCGCUCUGUGUAGGCCAGCAUAGGACCCGGAUCAAGAGAUACAGGCUGAAUCUGGUACUCUGAGCUAGGUUCAGAGGAGGAGAGGAGAGGAUUUAGAAUCAGAGAAUCUGAAUUUUAAAUCCAGUUCUUCAAUUACUGUCUGUAUGACUUUAGGCAAAUCACUUCAUCUCUCCAGGUCUCACUUUCUUCAUCUUUAAAAUGACAGGCUUAAAGCUAGAUUGUCUCUAAGGUCCCUUCUAGCUCGGAAUCCUAUGCUUCUGAGUAAAAUACUUCUUAAUCGAAGCUUACAAAAAGUAUUGAGAAAUUUAAUGUUUUAUUCACAGGUGGGAUUUUUUUAAUUGUUUUUUUUUCAAAGAGCCUUUUUAAGGUGCCUUAAAGCCAGGCUAUUGAUCUCUUUUAUAUAUAAAUCAGUAGACUCUGCUUUGUUCAAUAUUCCUACUGCCAACUUUGGGCAUGGAAUUAUUAUACAUGAGUUUUAGAGCCAGAAGGCAUCUUAGUGAUCCCUUCUCCUCAUAUAGAUAAGGAAACUGAGGGCCAGAAAGAUUAAGUAACUCGCCUCAGGAUAUAUGCUAAACAAGUCAUCUUUGACAAAUAUUUGUACAGAAAGUAGUUACUUAUGGCUUUCCAUGUUGAGAAAGGAGCAGGCCUCACCAACCAACCCAGGGACUGGUCACUGUCUUCCUUAUAUUCAUGGGGAUAGGUUGUCACUAUUUCUCUUCAGAGUAAUUAAAAAAAAAAAGUACCAUUUUUAGAUGUUGGAGAUGAAUAAGAAACUCCAGUUUGACAAAAAUGUGUGACAUAGAAACAGCGUGGCAUAGUGGAUAGAGUUGACCUUGGGAACAAAGUGACAUGAAGUCAAGUCCCGCCUAUGAAACAUACUAGCUGUGUGACCCUGAGCAAGUCACUUAAUUUCGCCAUGUCCCAGGCAACUCUCUAAGAUUUUAACUUUCAGAGCAGUUGCUGAUGGGCCUGAACAAAGAGAGUUUCUUUACUGGAAGUAAUUAAGUAAUUCAUCAAUGUUGAUUGUUUAGAAGAGGGAGAUUCCUACACAGAUGUAAUCAGAGGUUCAUACAAUGGAAUGUUAUUCCUGGGAUUACUUAAUUAUUAAAUAUUAAAUAAUUAAGUACAGAUGUUUAGGCUAGAACAUCUCUAGCCUUUCAGGAGGAUGUUGUGGAAAGUAACUUCCCCAAAAACCUCCCACUGGCAGAGAUGGAGCCUUGACCUGGCUAGAUUAAUGGCCAGACCCAGUAUGGGAUUUAUGUUCUUAUGUAGGCUCUAAAUUUCAAUUUUUAUAAGGAGAGAUAUGGAGUACAGUAAGUUUAUGAGUAACAAUAUAGACUAAAUAAAAGUUCUCUUGAAAUAUAAAAGAUAUCAUUGCUGUGAGGGGGAGGACAAGUUAGCACAUAUUACUUAGGAAAACAUCUUGCUGUUACAGGAUCCAGGUAUGUGUUACUAGGUAUGAAUCAGUUCUGAAUCUUGAAAAUCUGGGAAAGGCCCAGCCCAUUUUCAGGCAGAGAAGAUCUUGAGAGGUAUGGGUUUGACCUGGGACAACCUGAGCUAUAUUGUCAACAGAAGGUGAACCAAAGGAUCCCAUCUACUUGGUGUAUUUAUCCAGGGCUCCAAUGCUUACCUCAAAACCAAUGAGCCCCCCUCAAAAAAAAUAGAGGGAAAACUAAUGAGCCCAGCUAGGGCAUGGUUGGAUUUGAAUGGGUCAAGAUUGGCUCAUGGUACCAGAACAUGAAGUAGGGUUUUCAGGUGUGGCAGAUCCCUGCUUUACCUACCUACUGCAGAACUUUUCCUCUUUCAAAAGUAUAGGUUUUCAUAUAGUCAACUGGGGAAAAGAUCAAUUGCUUUCUGGAGUAAUUAUUAAUAAUAAUAACU